UCACAGUCCUGUUUUGCCUCGUCGCCAUUAAUGUGAAAAUACUGAGCUCAAGUCGGGGAUUGAAUCCACGACCUCCAGAGUGGUAGUCAGACACUUUAACCGCAUCGCUAAAGAGCUAGCCCAACAUCAAGGCUGCUGUUGGAAGUGACCUUAUUAUACUACAACACAUUUAACAACCAAUACACAUACUGGUUAUCAGGUAGUUGCCAUAAUCUAACUAAAACUUCAAGGCUAAUGACCCUCCUGGUCGUUGGGAGCUGUACGUAUGAACUUACAAAAGCUCAAAGCAUUCAAGAAGAACUAGCAAAUAAUGUCUGCUCGAGGAGUACAGAGGUUUUUACCAGUGUUGGGUAUGCCAACAUCAGUGUUGCAGAUUGGUACAGUAACCAAAGAAACCAAGCAUGCGUUCCUAGUGAUACCAGGAAAUCCGGGCGUCAUAGAGUUCUACAAAUCUUUCAUGGAAAAACUGUACGAUAAUUACCAAGGAACAAUACCUGUGUUGGGGGUAUCACAUGCGGGUCAUGUUAAACCACCAGACGGAAAUCAGGCCCUGUACAACAAGCUGAGUUAUGAAUUGUGCACGUUAUCUGGACAGAUACGACACAAAAUUGCCUUCAUAGACGAAAACAUCCCCAAAUCUGUCAAACUCAUUCUCAUUGGUCACUCCAUUGGCUGUUACAUCAUUCUCAAGAUUCUUGACCAAUUAGAACACAGCGUACUACGAUGCUUCCUGUUGUUCCCAACGAUUGAAAGAAUGGCGAGUUCACCGAAUGGCAAAGUUUACACGCCUGCAUUGAAGUACCUCAGAUGGCUAGCUCGGUGGAUGGUAUUGGCCAUUUCUCUUUUGCCUGAACGGACAAAGGCAUGGUUGAUUAACUUCCAUUUUUCUGGCGAAGAAGUCCCACCCUGUGCAAUGUCAGCCACACUAAGUUUCAUUCAGCCGUUCAGCGUCAGCAACUCUCUGUUUAUGGCAAACGAAGAAAUGCAAGCUGUUGAUCAACUUGAUACCAGACUCGUAGAAAAGAACUUGAAUUUGCUAAGUUUUUACUUCGGUUCCACUGAUCGCUGGUGCCCGCUUCAGUAUGCAAGUGAACUCAAGGCUUUGUUUCCCACCGGUGAUAUUCGAAUGUGUGAACGAGGCUACAGUCAUGCUUAUUUGAUUGACGCUAGCCCACAAAUGGCUGACAUCGUAUAUGAAUGGGUGAAGCCCUAUUUAACAAACUUAUGUUCCUAGUACAUGUUGUAUUUGUGAUUGCAUUUUACAAUCUUACUACUAAUCUAUUGUGAUAUCCUUCUUUCCUAUUGUUUCAUCCAUUCCUAUAGAUUCAUCCAUCCCUGUUUAUUGGAAAUAAAUUAGGAUUUCUUAUAAAAUCUUCGUCAGGUAUCUGUAUUGGGACACUUCUGUCACAAAAAUUUUCUUUUGUUGUCGAAAUAAUGAGGGAAAUACAUUUUGUGUAAAAACAUGAAAAAUUUAAAAGGAUUUCUAUGUAAAUUGCUACACACAGUAUGUAAAAACCAAUGAUAUUGCACAAUCUUCAUUUCAAAUAAUGAACGAUUGUGUGUUUGCCAGGUAAGGAAAGCUUCUAAUGAAGUAUAUCAAAAUUGCUUGAACAUUCAGAUGUUUUCUUAUUAACCCUUAAAGCGCUGGAGCUGAAUUUUAAAGGCCUUUGCAAAC